CAUGACGAGAAGACGCACUCUGUAUUUAUAAUGCUUCUUCUUUGACAUUUGUACGGUGUGUACCACUCUCGUUUAUGAAGCAAACCCAAAAACUAUUUUUAACUUUCUGUUUUCUUUGGGGCAAAUAGAUUAGAUUUUUCUUUGCUUAAUCAAUGGAAGUGAACACUGAAACCAUGCAAAAGUCAAAGUUUGGAAGAAUCUGUGUGUUCUGUGGAAGCAGCCAAGGCAAGAAGAGUAGUUACCAAGAUGCUGCUGUGGAUUUAGGCAACGAAUUGGUUUCAAGGAACAUUGAUCUAGUGUAUGGAGGUGGAAGCAUAGGUUUGAUGGGUUUGGUUUCACAAGCUGUUCAUGACGGUGGCCGUCAUGUUAUUGGAGUUAUUCCCAAGACACUCAUGCCUAGAGAGUUGACCGGUGAAACAGUAGGAGAAGUAAGAGCAGUUGCAGAUAUGCAUCAAAGAAAAGCAGAGAUGGCUAGACACUCUGAUGCUUUUAUUGCCUUACCAGGUGGGUAUGGAACACUUGAAGAACUGUUGGAGGUCAUAACAUGGGCCCAACUUGGGAUACAUGACAAACCGGUGGGUUUGCUUAAUGUUGAUGGAUACUACAACUCUCUGCUCUCUUUCAUUGACAAAGCUGUUGAGGAAGGAUUCAUCAGUCCCAAUGCACGCCAGAUCAUAAUCUCUGCACCCACUGCUAAGGAGCUUGUAAAGAAGCUUGAGGAGUAUUCACCUUGCCAUGAAAGGGUUGCAUCUAAGCUUUGCUGGGAGAUUGAGCGGAUUGGCUACUCCUCUGAAGACUGAGGAUCGUUAUAAUCAUAUAACUAUAAUUAUUGAAUGUCAGGAGAUUUCAAGAUAGAUCUUACUUUCAGGAAGGAAACAGUGUUUUAAGAUCUUAGAAACUUUUGAUUAGAAGGUGUAAACUGAAAAUUUCCACUGAGGGAGAAAAAUAUUUUGUGUAAAUUUUAUUACUUCUCUUUAACUCUGAAAUGUUUAUGUUUCAAUGAAUCAUGUUCCUCUGUAACUUAACUAAUGAAGUUAAAUGUUUUUGGCCU